GCGGCGGCGGCGGCAACUGGGGACGGGGCGGGUGGCGCAUCACGGGCACGGAGGCAGGAGCAGCAGUCUCAUUGUUCCGGGAGCCGUCGCCACUGCAGGUCCCUCGGCUCCGUUGGGCCGUGCCCACUCUCCGUCCUCCCCACCCCCCACAACCGUCCGCUACUCCGAGAAGCGUCCCCGGCGGCGGCAGCAGCUGCAGCAGCAUCCCAGCCAGCCAUGGAAGAUCUGUUCCAGUCGCCCCUGGUCUCCUCCUCGUCCGCGGACAGCCCGCCCAGGCCGGAGCCCCCGUUCAAGUAUCAGUUCGUGAAGGAGCCGGAGGACGAGGAGGAAGAGGAGGAAGAUGAAGAAGACGAGGACGAAGACGAGGAUCUGGAGGAGCUGGAGGUACUAGAGAGGAAGCCUGCCCCCGCGCUGUCGGCGGCCCCGGUGCCCACCGCCCCGCCUGUCGGGGCGCCCCUGCUGGACUUCGGCAAUGACUUCGUGCCUCCCGCGCCCCGGGGGCCCCUGCCGGCCGCGCCCCCCGCCGCCCCCGAGCGGCAGCCGUCCUGGGACCCGAGCCCCGUGCCGUCGGCGGUGCCCGAGCCAUCCCUGCCCGCCGCGGCCGCGGCCGCCAAGCUCGUCCCGGAGGACGACGAGCCCCCGGCCCGGCCGCCCCCACCGCCCCCUGCCGCCGUGAGCCCCCGAGCCGAGCCCGCGUGGACCCCGCCUGCCCCGGCCCCCGCCGCGCCCCCCUCCACCCCGGCCGCGCCCAAGCGCAAGGGCUCCUCCGGCUCCGUGGAUGAGACACUUUUUGCUCUUCCUGCUGCAUCUGAGCCUGUGAUACACUCCUCUGCAGAAAAAAUUAUGGACUUGAAGGAGCAGCCAGGUAAUACUGUUUCCACUGGCCAAGAGGAUUUUCCAUCUGUCCUGCUUGAAACUGCUGCUUCUCUUCCUUCUCUGUCUCACUUCUCAGCUGCUCCUUUAAAAGAACAUGAAUACCUUGGUAAUUUACCCACCAAAGGAAAACAUCAAGAAACUUCAAUUGAAGCGUCUAAGGAAUACUCAAAGAAGUCCACAAAUCCAUUUGUAAACAGGGAUACAGCUGAGUUUUCAGAAUUGGAAUAUUCAGAAAUGGGAUCAUCACCCAUUGACUCUCCAAAAGCAGAAUCUGUUAGCAUAGUGGCUAGCCGUAGGGAAGAAACUGAGAAGAGUAGAGAUGAGGAGGAUUUAGUUAGUAAUAACAUCCUUUCUAACCAGCAAGCAUUACCUGUAACCCUUACUAAAUCAUUUAAGGACGAGGACAAAAUUAUGUCUCCUGAAAAUACAAAGGACAGUUUUAAUGUGAAGGGGGUUGUAGCAGAAGCUCCUAUGAGGGAGGAAUAUGCAGACUUUAAACCAUUUGAGCGAGUAUGGGAAGUGAAAAGUACUUACAAGGAAGAUAGUGAAGUGUUGGCAGCUGAAGGUAAUAGAGAGAGUAAGUUGGAAAGUAAAAUGGCUCAAAAAUGUUUUGCAGAUAGCCUUGAGCAAGCAAAUCAUGAAAAAGAUAGUGAAAGCAGUAAUGAGGAUACUUCUUUCCCCAGUACACCAGAAGCUGUACAAGAUGGUUCAGGAGUAUAUAUUACAUGUGCUCCCUUUAACACAACAGCAACUGAAAGUGUAUCAACAAACAUCUUUCCCUUGUUGGAAGAUCAUGCUUCAGAAAAUAAGACAGAUGAAAAAAAAAUUGAAGAAAAAAAAGCCCAAAUUGUCACAGAGAAGAACACUAGACCAUCAAAUCCUUUCCUAAUAGCAGCACAGGAUUCAGAGUCAGAUUAUGUCAAAACAGAUCAUUUAUCAAAGGUGACUGAGGAAGCAGUGGCUAAUAUGCCUGAAGGUCUAACUCCAGAUUUAGUACAGGAAGCUUGUGAAAGUGAGUUGAAUGAAGUGGCAGGUACAAAAAUUGCUUUUGAAACAAAAAUGGAUUUGGUUCAAACAUCAGAAGCUGUGCAGGAGUCGCUAUACCCUAUGACACAGUUGUGCCCAUCGUUUGAAGAAUCUGAAGCUACUCCUUCCCCAGUUUUACCUGACAUUGUUAUGGAAGCACCGUUAAAUUCUGUAGUUCCUAGUGCAGGUGCUUCUGUGGUGCAGCCCAGCUCAUCACCAUUAGAAACUCCUCCUUUAGUUAAUUAUGAAAGCAUGAAACUUGAAUCUGAAAAUCCCCCACCCUAUGAAGAGGCCAUGAAUGUAUCACUAAAAAAGGUAUCAGGAAUAAAGGAAGAAAUUAAAGAGUCGGAAGGUAUUAGUGUAGCUAUUCAAGAAACAGAAGCUCCUUAUAUAUCUAUUGCUUGUGAUUUAAUUAAAGAAACAAAGCUUUCGUCUGAUCUCAUUCCAGAUUUCUCUAGUUAUUCAGAAAUAACAAAAGUUGUGCAGCCAGUGCCUGAUCAUUCUGAACUGGUUGAGGAUUCUUCCCCUGAUUCUGAACCAGUUGACUUAUUUAGUGAUGAUUCAAUAUCUGAAGUUCCACAAAAACAAGAUGAAGGUAUGGUUCUUGUGAAAGAAAAUCUCAUUGAAACUUCAUCACAGUCAAUGGUAAAAGAUGAAAGUAAGGAAAAACUCGGUGCUUCAUCACCACACGAGGUGGGAAAGCCAUAUUUGGAAUCUUUUAAGCCCAGUUUAGAUACAACAAAAGGUAACUUGCUACCUGAUGAGGUUUCAACACUGACCCAAAAAGAGAAAAUUCCUUUGCAGAUGGAAGAGCUCAAUAUUGCAACCUAUUCAAAUGAUGGCUUACUUAUUUCUAAGGAAGCAGAGAUAAGAGAGAGUGAAACAUUUUCAGAUUCAUCUCCAAUUGAGAUUAUAGAUGAAUUCCCUACAUUUGCCAGUUCUAAAACUGACUUUUCUCCUAAAUUAGCUAGAGAAUACAGUGAAGUAGAAGUAUCCCACAAAGGUGAAAUUUCUAAUGUCCAGGAUGAAGUUGGGUCAUUGCCUUGUUCAGAAUUACCCCGUGACCUUUCUGUCAAGAGUGUACAACCUAAAGACGAAGAUAAAGCCCAUGUGUCAGAUGAAUUCCCCAAAGAUAGGCCUGUUACUUCAAAGGUGCCUGUACUGCCUCCAGAUGUUUCUGCUUUGCCCAUUCAAACAGAUGCAGGCAGUGUAGUUAAACCCAAAGUUCUUGUGAAAGAAGCUGAGAAAAAACUUCCUUCUGAUACAGAAAAAGAGAACAGAUCACCAUCUGCUAUAUUUUCAGCAGAGCUCAGUAAAACUUCAGUUGUUGACCUCCUCUACUGGAGAGACAUUAAGAAGACUGGAGUGGUGUUUGGUGCCAGCCUUUUCCUGCUGCUUUCCCUGACAGUAUUCAGCAUUGUGAGCGUAAUGGCCUACAUUGCCUUGGCCCUGCUCUCUGUGACGAUCAGCUUUAGGAUAUAUAAGGGCGUGAUCCAGGCUAUCCAGAAAUCAGAUGAAGGCCACCCAUUCAGGGCAUAUUUGGAUUCAGAAGUUGCUAUAUCUGAGGAAUUGGUUCAAAAGUACAGUAAUUCUGCUCUUGGUCAUGUGAACUGCACAAUAAAAGAACUCAGACGUCUCUUCUUAGUUGAUGAUUUAGUUGAUUCUCUAAAGUUUGCAGUGUUGAUGUGGGUGUUUACCUAUGUUGGUGCCUUGUUCAAUGGUCUCACGCUACUGAUUUUGGCUCUGAUUUCGCUCUUCAGCGUUCCUGUUAUUUAUGAACGGCACCAGACACAGAUCGAUCAUUAUAUAGGACUUGCAAAUAAGAAUAUUAAAGAUGCUAUGGCUAAAAUCCAAGCAAAAAUCCCUGGAUUGAAGCGCAAAGCUGAAUGAAAAACCUGAAAUAAUGAACAAUAGUUUAUCUUUAAAGGGGAUGUUUGUUUGGUUACGUGGGGGAGGGUCAGGGAAGAAUGGAACCUUGACAUUGCAGUGCAGUUUCACAGAUCUUUAUUUUUGGCAAUGCAGUGUCUGAGGAAAAAUGACCUGCCUUGACUACCAUGUGUUCAUCAUUUUAAGUAAUGUAAGCUGCUAUGUAUGGACUUUAAACCAUAAUCUUUUAUUUUUCCCAUACGAGGCACUGGUAAAUUAAAAAAAAGAUCUGCGAAAGCUGUCUGAUACAAUUCGUUGCAGGUAGUCUUGGUGUGUUUGAGGAAUUGCAGAGAAAAGUGGAGCUGAAAAAAAAAAUAACCCUUUUCACAGUUUGUGCACUGUGUCUGGUCUGUGUAGAUUGAUGCAGAUUUUCUGAGAUGAAAUGUUUAGACGAGAUCAUACCACGAAGGCAUAAAUGAAAAGUUUGCCUUUCUGGUAUGUUCUAGGUGUAUUGUGAAUUUUACUGUUAUAUUAAUUGCCAAUAUAAGUAUAGAUUAUUAUAUAUAUCUAUAUAUAGUGUUUCACAAAGCUUAGACCUUUACCUUUCAGCUGCCCCCAGUGCUUGAAGUGCUUGGUAUUUCAGAGAGUCCUUGGUUAUCUAUGUGUGUAGUUUCAAAGCUCUUAAGCUAGAAAAAGAAAACAUUUCUAGGAGCACUACCAUCUAUUUUUAUCAUGAAAUGAUGCCAUGCUCAUAGAAUUCCUCAACAUAAACUUCAUCACUCAGACUUAUUGUAGUUAAUUUCGUCACAAACUCAACCUAUGGACUGACUCUAAUGCUUCCAAAAACAUUUGCGAAUAUCAAACGUUGUUAUGCAAGAGAUUAUAAAAUGAAGAUUUAUACAAUUGUGGUUUAAGUUGUACUGAACUAAAUCUGUGGAAUGCAUUGUGAAAUGUAAAAGCGAAGUUAUCAAUAAAGCUUAUAGACAAAUA